GUUGUACAGAUUGUGUGUGUUGCACUGAUUCGCUUUUUUUUAAACACCACCCACUUUGAGUUGAUUCACGACUACGAUUCUGCGAGACUUCCAUGUUCUAAAGUGGCGUCUAACGGUGUAAUGUUUAUAACAUGCUCGCUGUUUGCUGACUGAACGAAUCAAUAUGCUAAUCAAGCAUGCUAAUGUGAAGUAAUAACGAAUCAGUGAAAGAAUUAGUGAACAAAUCAGAUAACAGAUCUAAAAAGGAGUCAGUGAAUGAAUUAUGAAUGAAUCAGUGGUGUCGGUGAAUGAAUCAGUGAAGUAGUUAGUGAAUGAAUCGUGAAUGAAUCAUGAAUGAAUCAGUGGUGUCAGUGAAUGAAUCAGUGAAGUAGUUAGUGAAUGAAUCGUGAAUGAAUCAGUAAAGUAAUCAAUUAAUGAGUCAGUGAAUGAAUCAUGAAUGAAUCAUUGAGGGAGUCAGUGAAUGAAUCAUGAAUGAAUCAUUGAGGGAGUCAGUGAAUGAAUCAUGAAUGAAUCAGUGAGGGAGUCAGUGAAUGAACCGUGAAUAAAUCAGCAAAUUAAUCAGUGAAUGGAUCAGUGGAUGAAUCAGUUAAUGAAUCAGUGGAUGAAUCAGUUAAUGAAUCGGUGAAUUAAUCAGUGGAUGAAUCAGUUAAUGAAUCAGUGAAUGAAUCAGUGGAUGAAUCAGUUAAUGAAUCAGUGAAUUAAUCAGUGGGUGAAUCAGUUAAUGAAUCAGUGGAGUCAGUGAAUGAAUAAUGAAUUAAUAAUUGAAGGAGUCAAUGAAUGAAUCAAUUAAGCAGUCAGUGAAUGAAUGAAUGAAUCUUUUAGCUGAAUGAAGUGUAUGGUACACGUAAUAUCUCGUGUGUACUGGAGUGGUGUUUUUGUUGUUUCCACACUGUGAGGAAACUUUCAGCAAAUCAAUAUUCAAUAAAACCAUUUCCACAAAUCAAUAACAACGAGAGCCAUUUCCUGUCUCUUCAGCUAAUGUACUGUGUGCUUAUGUGCUGUGUAUCUGCCCAUCUGCUCCCUGUGUGUGUGUGUGUGUGUGUUUGUGCUCAGGUGAGUCCGUCCACCUGCACACAGUCGCACAGGUUUGUCGCAGUGAGUACACACACCUUUCACUUCGUAUGAAAUGUGUACAUUCAUUAGACUUCUUAAUCAUUAUAGAUGUAGUGUGUGUGUGUGUGUGUGUGUGUGUGUGUGUGUGUGUGUGUGUGUUGUAGGUUAAAGUUGUUGGUUCUGUAUCGUUACCGAGUGCCAAGGUUCUUUUUAAUCCUGUUUUAUGUUCUGGAUAUUUUACUUUCUAAUCUAAAAUGGAUUUUGUUUUUGUUGACAUUUAAAAUCUGAUUUUAAAAAAUAACAACAAUUAGUCAAAAAAAAUAAAAUAAAACGUAAAGUCCUGAGUGAGUUAUAAGCAAAUUGUAGCUGAUAUUUUAAUAGUUUUAAAAUGGCACGUCCUUUAAGAUUGUGUGUGUGUGUGUGUGUGUGUGUGUGUGUGUGUGUGUGUGUGUGUGUGUGUGUGAAACCUCUUCUUUCUUUCAUUUGCUUCUUUGUUUUUAAAUAUCUUUAUAUUUUAUAUAUUCACUAGGUUGCUGUUAUACUGGGAAGUGAAGCAAUAAAGUGUGUGUGUGUGUGUGUGUGUGUGUGUGUGUGUGUGUGUGUGUGUGUGUGUCUGUGUGUAAUGACUUUAUUGCAGCAUUAGUGCUGUAUGAUGGACGGAGCGAGUGUUUUCAUCACCAUUCAGAAGGUGUACUACCCGCUGCUGUGCAUUCUGGGUAUUCCAGCGAACCUCUUCACAUUCUACAUGUUGUGUUGGCGUGUGUGUGGAAUGUCGGACUCGGCACGCGUGUACCUGAGCUGCUUGGCGGUGGUGGACACGUGGUACCUGCUCUGGGUGACGCUGCUGGACCUGAGCCUGGUGUUCCUGCAGCCGCAGCCGUUCUGGCACACUCACCCGUGGUGCGGCGUCAUAAACAUCCUGCAGUUCGGAAUGUUCUACGCCUCGGCCUGGCUCGUCGUGGCCUUCACCAUCGAGCGCUACCUGGUGUUCAGAGUGAUGGUGAGCCGACAGCGUCACCAGCAUUUCAGACACGCCCUCCUCACCUGCACCACCAUCGUCCUGCUCUCACACCUGGCCUCCAUUCCUCUCAGCUGGAUCAACGCCGUGGUGCAGGUGAACCUGACUCUGAAUGGACAGACCGUUACGGUUCCGCGUUGUCGUUAUCGAGACGCGUUCUACUCCACCGUGGUGGUUUGGAUCACAUCCUUCCUGUCCAGCGGAGUUCCCAUCCUGCUCGUCAUCAUCUUUAACUCUCUGAUCGCGUACCAGCUGCUCGGCUCCGGUCGUCUCUUCACUAAAGAGGAACGCCGGACGAUCCAGACCUCUCGGACACGAGGUUCCGCCCGCAGGACACUGCUGCUGCUCGGGAUCGUCUCGGUGGCGUUCGUGGUUCUCAGCUUGCCACGCUUCGUUACCUACUGCAUCCUGCGCACCAAACACAACCAGAAGGACUUCGACCGAGACAAUUACUCCAACGCCAUCAACGUCAUCAGCGACGUGGCCAACAUGCUGCACAACCUCAACUCCGGCACCAACUUCCUGCUGUACUGCGUGGCCAGCCGCAGGUUCCGUCAUGAGAUCGUCAACACGUUCCGGUGCCGAGUCCGAGCUCGAGAGCUCGGCUCCUUCUUCACACAAACCACCAUGAAGGUCUUCUCUGUGGCCGAGCGCAGAGAACCGGCAGGACGAGACCCGGUCUCCAUCGUUCUAACCAAACUUGGAACUCGAACAGUUCCACCGUCUUCUGGACCCUGAGACAGUGAUUUUAAACACACUGGAGGAGACUGGGAAAUUACACGAAAUUAACUCACACCAACCUUCCUUCUCCAGAACCUGUUCAAUAAAAGAUGAUCAUUAUCAAAAAAACAAACAACCAAGCGUACAGAAGCUGUUUAUUUCUCAGUUUGCAGUUUGUGUGUUUUCUGUGUUUUUUCGUGUUCAGUUUAGGAAAAUCUUCCCAUUUUAGGAACGCUCAGGUCGUUUAACAUGAUUCCAGGAAUAUAGAAGAGAUUCAAAUGAAAGAUUGAGAUUCAAGUCAGUGAUUUAUGAUUUUGUCAGGUGUGGCAUGGAAGAAGGCGGGCCUGACGGUCAGAGGGCGGGUGGGGGCAAGGGGUGGCAUGGAAUAGGGUGGGUUUGAG